GUUAUGGACUUGCCGUCCUUGCCCUGUCCCGCCAGCAGCUCCGUAAUGUUCAAAGCAAAUACCAAAACUGACUUUUCAAAGUCUUUACCAUUUUUUUUUUUUUAAUUUUUUCAGUUUCUUGCUGGGUUCAAACUUCAAAGUCUUUCCUUUAAGUCAGCCUUCUUUGUUACUCUGCCUUCUAUGUUGAGUCUGUCGUUCUGUUGGUAAAAUGCUGCUGUAGGUUGGUUGACUAUCAGACCACUGCAAAUACAUUUCACUCUCAAGCUCAAGCUGGUUUUCAUCUUCUUCAGAAUUCUGUUUCUGAGAGAUGGCUGCUUAUGAAAAAGAUGAGAUGCCCAUGUUGUCUGACAAUCAUCCUCGGUCAUCAAAUGAUAUUGUGAAUUCGGCAUUUGAAAGAUUUGGCCGGACACAAAGUGCAUCAUUUGCUAUUUCCAUGAACUCCACGGAAUCUUAUGCAAGUGAACCUAACCUUGUAGGGCAUACUGGCCCUUUAAGAAGUCAAAGAACUCCAUUCAUACCUAUGAGUGGUCCAUUAAAUGUCCGUCAACCCAAUAACCUGUUACGGCCAAGUCGUAGUGUAGCAGUGAAAAAGGAAGCAGAAUCUAGGGUGGAAAAGAUUCCUGCCACUAAUGGAACGGAUCAGAAUGACUGGCCAAAUUACAGCUUUGCAGGAAAAAAUGAGCAUUUACUGAGGUCUGGGCAAUUGGGUAUGUGCAAUGAUCCCUACUGCACAACUUGCCCAACACAUUACUAUUACAAUGGAGCUAAACAAAGAUAUUCGAAAGCUUCGGGUAUAUUUGAUUCUCAGUUCCAUAAUGCUCUCUAUGGCGAUGCAAAAGGUUGGGCAAGGAGAAUUUUCUCUUUUAUGAGUCCAUAUAUUCCUGGAGUUAUGAACCCCCAUGCUGAAGUUAUACAAAAAUGGAACAAAUUUUUUGUCAUAGCUUGCUUGGUGGCAAUUUUUAUGGAUCCAUUGUUUUUCUUCUUGUUAUCUGUUCGACAGGACCAUAAAUGCAUAGUUAUUAAUUGGCCCAUGACAUCAGUGAUGGUGUCUUUCAGAAGCUUGUAUGAUAUUAUAUACUUACUUCACAUACUUCUUCAGUUUAAGCUGGCUUAUGUGGCGCCUGAGUCUAGAGUUGUUGGUGCUGGAGAGUUAGUUGACCAUCCAAAAAAAAUUGCUCGUAAUUACCUUCAUGGAUAUUUUUUUCUUGACUUGUUUAAUGUAUUACCACUUCCUCAGAUUAUGAUAUUAUUAAUUGUACCAAAAUCUUUAGGAUUAUCUGGGGCAAACUAUGCAAAAAAUCUACUACGAGCUGCAAUUCUUGUUCAGUAUGGUCCCAGAUUGUACAGAUUUCUACCUCUACUCGCUGGUCAGUCUCCUAGUGGCUUCAUAUUUGAGUCGGCAUGGGCUAAUUUUAUUAUAAAUCUUCUCACUUUUGUGUUGUCCGGCCAUGUCGUUGGCUCAUGUUGGUACCUCUUUGGGUUACAGAGAGUUAAUCAAUGUCUUCGAAAUGCCUGUCAUGACUCUCAAAUCGAACCCUGCAUGAAAUUCAUAGAUUGUGGACAUGGGGAUAAUAUUGACGGAUUUAAUAAGUCAUAUCCAACGUGGACCAAUUGGAUAGACAAUAUAAAUGCUACUUCUUGCUUCAGCACCGAUGGCUUUCCUUAUGGAAUCUACAUUCAAGCUGUUAACCUUACCAUGGAAAGAAGUGUCAUCACCAGAUAUGUGUAUUCACUCUUUUGGGGUUUUCAGCAAAUCAGUACUCUGGCUGGAAAUCAAACUCCUAGCUACUUUGUUUGGGAAGUCCUUUUUACAAUGACCAUUAUUGGACUGGGCCUCUUGCUUUUUGCUCUUCUUAUCGGAAAUAUGCAGAACUUUCUCCAGGCUCUUGGAAAGAGGAGGCUAGAAAUGUCUCUAAGGCGCCGUGAUGUUGAACAAUGGAUGAGUCAUCGCCGCUUGCCCGAAGAACUUAGGAGGCGAGUACGGCAAGCUGAACGGUACAACUGGGCAGCUACCAGAGGAGUAAAUGAAGAAAUUCUUUUGGAGAAUUUGCCUGAAGACCUUCAGCGAGAUAUAAGACGCCAUCUCUUCAUGUUUAUAAAGAAAGUUCGGAUAUUUUCCCUCAUGGAUGAGCAUAUUUUGGAUGCUAUUUGUGAAAGACUAAGACAAAAGACAUACAUCGGAGGAAGCAAAAUUUUGUAUCGUGGUUGUCUAAUUGAGAAGAUGGUUUUUAUUGUUCGUGGAAAAAUGGAGAGCAUAGGAGAAGAUGGGAUAGUAGUUCCAUUAUCUGAAGGAGAUGUGUGCGGUGAGGAGCUCCUCACAUGGUGUCUUGAGCAUUAUUCAGUAAACAAAGAUGGAAAAAAAAUAAGGCUUCCUGGACAGAGAUUGUUGAGCACCAGGUCGGUGCAGUGCUUAACAAAUGUAGAAGUAUUUUCCCUUAGAGCUGCUGAUAUUGAAGAAGUCACCAGCCUUUUCUUGAGAUUCUUGCGCAACCCACGUGUUCAAGGAGCUAUAAGGUAUGAAUCACCAUACUGGAGAGGCCUAGCGGCGACACGCAUUCAAGUUCAAUGGAGAUAUAGGAAAAAACGCUUAAGCCGUGCUAAAAUUUCUCAACCCAACCACUCAUCAACUCAGUGAACUUAGCUUAUAAAUUUGUUAGAAUAUGUACAAUUCUUAUGUAAUAUAAUAUACUCUAAAUUUUAUAGGCUUUUUGUUUAGAAUGUAAAAUUCAUUGCAUUUAUGACUAAAUGAAGAUGGCAUGAGAGGAACUUUUUUCCUGUA